AUGUUCAACGACUGCGAGGAUAUUUCCCAUGUGAAGAAGAACAACCUUCGAGUCCCGACAGCAGAGGCUGUGCUGCUGUCCGGCUUUGUGUACCGUGGCAAGUAUCUAUACCGCGCAGACGAUAUCAUUCUGCUUCUCUUCACACGAUUCGCACCAAACUUCAUCUUGAGGACUUUCAACGUGCUGAUCGUUCGUUGGGACGUGAAUCCGACGACAUAUGCAGUUUCCCGUCCUACAGUCUGCUUGUGGACGGAGGUGGGCACAGACUGGAGGAACAAGACGAAGCCAUUCCCGUCGGCGUAG